AUGGGUCUGUUUGAGAGGGCUGGCAGUAAAUCACGCUCGAGAUCUAAGGACCGUACAACACUUCCUCCUCUCGUCACUGCCGAUCCUAUCAAGAGCGCUCGGAGCAAAUCACGUUCAAGAUCCAACAGUAGUACAAUACGAAAUCCCACCAUAUCUGCAAAUCCUAGUGCCUAUAAACGACGGCUGGAAUCGGGCACUUUGCUGGCAAGCUCGGUAAAAGGGUCUCAUCCGAGCCUCGAUUACGCUCUGAUCAAGAUCGAAGGCUCGCAUACUAGCAUGUCAGAGCAGCUCCUUUACAACAAUGGAGCUCAUGACCUCACGCUUAAUGUCACACAAGUUUCAGACUCACGGCCGAAUGAUGCGAAGAUAGUUGCCAUCACCGGAUCGUCAGGUUAUCUGAGUGGUCGCUUGCUAGCGACCCGUCUUUUCUUAGAGCGCCAGACCAGCCGUCUCAAGAAAUAUGGACAGUCAAGUUUGAUGGGAAACUCGAGGAAGGAGAUAGUGGUACAUGCGUUUUCGAUGCACAAACAGGUGAUUUUUACGGCCAUGUUGUAG